AUGCUUCCCGGAUUAGCUGCACAGACAGUGAGUCCAUUUCCGAAUCCACCCGAGUACGCACAACAGUACACAAGCGACCGAAUCGAUAAUGGUGAGACUCGCCAGUUGUUAUGUCUUGUUUUUCCAAAAGUCACAUGUUUCAGGUUCUGCUCCUCCACCUCCUUAUCCACUCACCGAGUUCUGCGUCUUCGGUGAAGAGUAUCGAUUGGAAGAUGACGUCGUCGCGUGAGUAACAAGAAUUCAUUUCGAAUUCAUCCUAUUCUUCUGAAAGUGUCAAAUUCAUUCAUAUUAAGCCCGCUGUCGAAUGCCGGCGUCCGCGAGUUGUAUGCCAACAAAAACAAUUGGAAGGCAGAGAUGAAAAAGUUGAACCGGUGAGUAGUUUGUCGUUAAGUCUUUGAAAAAGUUUCUGGAGCCGUAAGUGCUCCUAAUGCUUUUCAAAAUUUCAACACGACAAACAUUUUUGCUCAAAUCUGGAAAAAUUACAUUUCCAGGAGUGCAAUCGUCGCGUUUUUCGAUCUUGUCGAAGUCCUCAUCCGCUCCCCGGAUCACCCGUUUCGUGAGGAGAAAUUGAAUGAUUUGCACACCAUUUUCAUCAAUAUGCACCACUUGAUCAACGAAUUCCGUCCCGUGCAAGUGAGUCAUGCGGCGUGUCUUUUCAAAAAAAGAAAAAUCGAUUUCAGGCGCGUGAUAGUGUGCGGAUACUUCAAGAACGACAAAUUGGGGAGUUAUCCUUGAUGUGUGAUCAGUUCCGGUGAGUUACUGUUCUUUGUCCCUGAUUUUUCAUUUACAUCUAAUUCAGAACAUAUCUGGGUCAAGGGAGAGAUGCCAUUGAAGACGAGUUCACGACCAUUAACAACAAAAUUCCUAAGCCGCCAGAGCCGAUUGAGCAGACGAGAGUUAUGAUGCAGGAAGGCGUGCUGCAUACAGUAAUCGAAAGAGUAAUCGAAGAGGACGAGAUGGAGGAGAAGCCGGAGGUUGAAGAAAAUGACGAGCCAGUAACCAGAAAGUACAUUUCGAAUGAGGGAGGUCCUCCUACUGUAGUUAACUUACUCACUCGACAACUUGCUGAAGUGUGUUUGAAAAAAAAUAAUUGAUGUCAUGUUGUAUUUAUAAAUUAUUUUAGUGUCAAUUUCUUGUUCAGUUUUCUCUUGAUUACUUCGCGUUUUACCGCAUAAUUUAUCUCUCUCCAUACUGAGUUGAUCUUUCUAAUUUUCAAUUUGAGUUUCAAAUAUAAAAUUCAGAUGUCAGAUGCAAGUCAACGCCGGUUGAUGAAAGAGCUGAGUCAGCUACAACAAGAAGCUCCGGAAGGCAUCCUAGUGGACAAAACAUCGACGAGUAACGACUUGAAGUAAGAACCUAGAAAAAAUGCAGUGAAAAGCAUAAAAAAACAUCUUUUCAGGCAAUGGAAGAUCGGUGUCGUCGGAGCGGAAGGUACUCUGUACGCUGGCGACGUCUUCACCCUUCAGUUCACUUUCGGGCCACAAUAUCCGUUCAACUCGCCGGAAGUGAUGUUCGUCGGUGAUACGAUCCCAGCGCAUCCGCACAUCUACUCAAACGGUCACAUCUGUCUCUCGAUCCUCUCGGACGACUGGACGCCGGCUCUCAGCGUACAAUCAGUCUGUCUCUCCAUUCUUUCAAUGCUCUCAUCAGCAAGAGAGAAGGUAAUAGCCUAUAAUUUUCAGAGCCUGCUUAAAAAUGAUAAUUUCAGAAGCAUCCGAUCGACGACGCCAUCUACGUACGCACAUGCAAUAAGAAUCCGAGCAAGACUCGGUGGUGGUUCCAUGGUUAGUUUUCCCACGAAUCCUGCCCGUCCUAGCCGUUACCUAAACACUCCUGUUUUCAGACGACAGCGUGUGA